ACUCAUUUUGUGUAUUCCUGCGUGGACUCGUGAGAGUUGCUGGACUGCCUUCAGGUCUAUUCCGACUUAUGGCGACCCUGUGAAUAGGGUCUUCAUGGGAAGGUAUGCAUGUGCGUGUGUGUAAAUCUCUUGCCUUCUGCAUGUCUGGAAUGAAGCCUCUUAUACAAAGCACGGUUCAAACUCUUUCCACCCAAACUCCCUCGGGCUUGGCAAAAGCGAAGUUGAACUACCUCCGUGACUUUCCCGCACAGUGCCACCAGUCUGCAGGAAGGAAGGUGCAGAACGAUAGCCGUGCUUCAGACUGGAAUAUCCCCCUCCUUCCAACAGAAAAGCAAAUGGAGGAAGCAGAUCCAACUCAGGGGCCUGUGGCCUUUGAAGAUGUGGCCGUAUAUUUCACAGAGGGACAGGCAGCUUUACUGGAUCCAGACCAAAGGGCCUUGUACAAGGAGGUCAUGCUGGAGAAUUAUGGGAACGUGGCCUUGUUGGGAGGAUCUGAAGUCCACAAGCCUGCCCUGAUUUCUCAGCUGGAGCGAGGAAAACAGCCAUGGGUGGACAAUCCUCAGGUCUUGGAUGAAGAGGCACCCAGAUCCAGCUCAGGAAACUAUAGGAAGAAAAAUGUGUGUCCAGAGUGUGGAAGAUGCUUUUCUGACAUGUCGGUCCUUCUUGAACAUCAGAGAUCCCACUCGGAAUGGAGACCCUAUAAAUGUGUGGACUGUGGGAAAUGUUUUUCUGGAUUUUCGGAGCUUUUGAGGCACCAGAGAGUUCACGUGGUAGAGAAACCAUAUCAAUGCUUGGAGUUUGAAGAAUGUUUUGAUGUCAAAGCAAUUGUUGUUGGCCAUCAUAGAAUCCACAUGGGAGAGAAACCUCACAAAUGCUCAGAAUGUGGGAAGUCUUUUGAUUUCAAAUCAACCCUUGCAACACACAUGCGUAUCCACACUGGGGAGAAACCUUAUAAGUGCUUAGAGUGUGGGAAAUGUUUUGCUCGAAAAGGGAAUCUUGCUGGGCACCGGAGGCUCCACAUGACUGAGAAGCCUCAUAAAUGCAUGGAAUGUGGGAUGUCUUUUGCUCAACAAUCAAAACUUGCAGGUCAUCAGAGAGUCCACGAGGAACUUUUCAAGUGCUUCGAGUGUGGGAAAUGUUUUCCUCACAAAGGGCUCCUCAUCGAACAUCGGAGGGUCCACACAGGAGAGAAACCGUUUAAGUGCUUGGCCUGUGGGAAAUAUUUUUCUCGGAAAUCGAACCUUGAUGACCACCAGAGAAUCCACACGGGAGAGAAACCUUACAAAUGCUCGGUGUGCGGGAUGUGCUUUGCAGGCCGGUCGUCCCUCACGUACCACUACCGAGGCCAUACUGGAGAGAAACCUUUCAAGUGUUUGGAAUGUGGGAAAGAUUUUGCCGACCGGUCGUCCCUCCAGUACCACGAAAGAGGCCACACAGGAGAGAAACCAUACAGCUGCUUUGAGUGCGGGAGAAGUUUUGCCAGCAGGUCGUCCCUAGUUUGCCACCGGAGAACCCACACAGGGGAGAAACCUUAUCAGUGUGUGGAGUGCUUGAUCAGCUUUGCCGACAAGUCGGGCCUCAUAUGCCAUGAGAGAGUCCACACAGGAGAGAAACCAUACACCUGCCUGGAGUGCGGGAAAUCGUAUUCCUUCAGGUCAUCCCUCGUGUGCCAUGAGAGAUCCCACACGGGAGAGAAACCUUACCAGUGUUUGGAGUGUGGGAAAUCUUAUUCUGACAGGUCGUCCUUUGUUUACCAUCAAGGGACGCACACAGGAGAGGAACGCUACAAGUGUCUGGAGUGUGGAGCGUGUUUUGCUCCAAAGCGACCCCUUUCGAGGAUCCACGGCAUCCCUGUGGUGCAACACCCUAUUCAUCAUGAGACCUGCUCUUUCUAUCUCAAGCUGAAAAUGGAAUCGGAGAUAAAAGAAGAAAAAUAACGAUUGGAACCCAGGAGCACCCGCCCACGGGGUAGGGUGGGGACAGGAAGUUGCAGUAUCUCUGUUUACACAAUGUCUCAGUUUACCGUCUUCAUCAGUGGCUGUGAACCUCUGGAAACUAGCGCUUGAAUGUAGCGAGUAAGUCAGAGGAUAGGAUUAAGGUGGCCUAAAUAUUUGCCAUGUUGAGCUUUAUUCUUGGAAGGGCUUUUCCAUGGAGUCUUUUGCCACGAACAUAUUUCUGUCAUUAAGGCCACAUUCACACCAUAGCUUUAUUCCACUCUUAUUCCACUAUAAACAUUCACAGCUUCCCCGAAAUAAUCCUGGGAACUGUAGUUUGUUAAGGGUGCUGGGAAUGGUGGCUCUGCAAGGAAAACGACAGUUCCCAGGAUUCUUUGGAGGGGAAGCCACGUGCUUUCGAUAUAUGGUAUGUAUGGAGCCAUUGAAACAGCCCCUUAGUCCAGACUGUGGAGUGCCUGUGGCUCUGCAGACAGUGCUGUACUCCCCCUCCCAUCAGCCCCAUCCAACAUGGCCCAUGGCAGUGGCGGCUGGGGGUCCAUGAAAGUAGGGCAGUGGAAUUUGCUCUGGGUUUUAGUCUGACCUUUCAAGGAGCUGUCGUAAGAUGCUGAAACAUAUUCCCACAAUAGGUUCACCACCUUGGACAGCUCCUUGGAAGGUCAGACUACAACCCCGAGUGGAUUCCACUGCUCCUCUGACAUGGAGCCACCAGCUGCCAAUGGCAAGGGAUUAUGGGAGUUGUAGUCAAGCAAUAUAUGGACGAUCACAAGUUCCUCACUCCUCCUUAGUCCCUGUGCCCUAUCUAAAGUACAUGAAAUAAAUGCAGCAUCUUCUGCUGUUCACCCCUAACCUCCCUCUCCGUCCCCUCCCUCUGUAAGCUCCUCAAGGCAGAGUUCUGUCCUCUUGUGCUUUGUAAAGUGCCCUUUGGACAGUGCACUCCAGCCUAGGCAACCAGGGGCCACUGGGAAGCUGCCCCCUUGCCUCCCAAGGACAACAUCAUGGCAGCCUGGCCACAACUGCCAACCAUCUGUAGGGAUCUUGCUUCACCCCUCCCUGCUUGGAAGAACACUUAGAAGAACUUUAUAAACCUAGAACUAGUGCCUGGGCUUGCUUUUUUCUUCAUUCUCCCUCCCAAUUCCUUUUCCUUUCAUGCCAUGUCUUUUUAAUUGCAGACCUGAGAGCAGGGGCCAUCUUAGUAUGGAUCAUUGUAAGCUGCUGUGGGAGCCUUUUUUUUUUUUGCUAUAGGAAAUGGAAAUGGACGGCCUUCAAGUCAAUUCUGACUUAUGGCGACCCUACGAAUUGGGUUUUCAUGGUAAGCAGCAUUCAGAGGGGGUUUCCCACUGCCUCCCUCUGAGGCUGAGAGGCAGUGACUGGCUCAAGGUCACCCAGUGAGCUUCAUGGCUGUGUGGGGAUUCGAACCCUGGUCUCCCAGGUCGCAGUCCAACACUCCAACCACUAUGCCACACUGGCUCUCUUUUUGCUACAGAGCAGGGUUAAAAAAAUACUGUUGAACAACAUUAUAUAAAUAGCAAGAAGUGGGGACGCACAAUAAAAUCUCCUGUUCAGGGCUUUGACAGGGGACAUGUAUCAGUGUCCACAGAUUGCCAGGAGGGGAAGGAUGGCUUUUAUAGCCUUGAACACAAGCACUCUAUUCCUUCAUAGCAGGGGCAUCUGGAAGCUUCUAAGGAGUAGGGAAGGAAGUCGCGCCCCGUUUUCUUCUCCCUCAGAAAGGAUCCUGCAAAGCUGGAAAAGGUUCAUAAAAGGUUAACCAAAAUGAUCUAGCAGUUGGAGCGACUCCUUUGGCAAGGAAAGGCUGUAACAUUUUGGGCUCUUUAGUUCAGAAGAAAAAGCUAAUAAAGGGGGAGAGACAUGAUAGAGGUGUAUAAAAUUAGGCAUGAUGUGUAGAAAAUGGUUAGAUAUUAAUGUUUUCUCCCUCACAAUGCGGGGGUGGGCAUCUAAUAAAGCUGAUUGUUGGAAGGCUCAGGACAGACAAAAGCCCUCCUUCACGCAGCACUUAGUUAAACUAUGAAAUUUGCUCCUACAGGAAGCUGUGAUGGCCACCAGGUUGGAUGGCUUUAAAAGGGGAUUAGAAAAAAAAUAUAAGGCUGCCAAUGGCGUUUUGGCCAGGAUGGCUAUGUCCAGCCUCCAGGAUCAGAGGUAGUAAAUGCCUCUGGCUACCAUUUGCUGGGAAUCGCAAGUGGGGAGAGCUGCGCUAUUGCCCUCAGGCCCUGCUUGACGGCUUCCCAUUGGGGCAUCUGGUCAGCCAUUGAGAGAACAGGAUGCUGGUCUAGGUGGGCCAUUGGCCUGAUGCAGUAGCCAGGCUCGUCUUAUGUACCUAUAUCCUUCCUCCUGAAAUCUCCCUGUAUAGUGUGGGGAGGAACUUGUUAUCUUCAUUGCACGCAUACCAGGUGACCCCUAUCUUCCCCUCUGUGGGUUAGUAUUCUACAUCAUACGUAUAUUUAUUCCACUAUCAUUCUUAUUUCAGUAAUGGUUUCCCCCAAAGCAUGCUGGGUAGUUUGUGAAGGGUGCUGAGAGUUGUUAGGAGACCCCCUAUUCCCCUCACGAAGCGACAGUUCUCAGAGUUCCUUGGGGAAAGGGAUUGACUGUUAAACCACUCUGAGAUUGUAGCUCUGAGGGGAACAGGGCUCUCCUAACAACUCUCAGCAUCCUUCACAAACUCCAGUUCCCAGGAUUCUUUGGGAGAAGCCAGGUGCUUUAAAUGUAUGGUGUGGAUGUGACCCCUGUCUUCUCACGGCCCCAUUUGCUCUAUAUAUUUAAAGCAGUUUCAUACAACUUUAAACAGUCAUGGCUUUUUUGCAAGAAUCCUGGCAAAUGUAGCUUAUUAAGGGUGCUGAGAGGAGAUCCCUAUUCCCCUCACAGAGCUACAUUUUCCAGAGUGGUUUAACAGCCAAUCCCUAUUCCCAGGGAACUCAGGGAAUUGUAGGUUUCCUAAUAAUUCUCAGCAUCCUUCAUUAACUACAGUUCCCAGGAUUCUUUGGGGAAAGCCAUGACUAUUUUAAAGUGGCAUCAUACUGCUUUAAAUGUCCAGUGCAGAGAGGGCCUCAGGUAAGCCCCCUUAGGGAAUCUAGCAGGCCAUAUCUCCCAUUACCUUCAUUCCCCGCCCCCUUCCAGCUGACACCCUCAACAUUCAUUUAGGACUUUGAAGCUCACGGGUUCUUGGUUUUUUUAGUAACUUUUUUUUUAGAAAAUUCUUUUUCUUUUAACUUGCAGAUUAAUGCACUUCUCUGCACUUAGGGACGCUUGCACAGCGUAUUCAGAAACCACUGCCUUCAUUUUGAAAAGUGUCAACAAUUAUGUGAUGUAUGGAUUUUAUUAAAUGAACGCAUAAAUUUUGGGGCAGCCCCAUUUCUCUGCUAAACUGGUAGGCAACAGGCCCACUGCUGCUGCCAAGCCCACUUGGGUUGUUUGAGAGGUUCCAGGAAUUUGGGGAUUGUCCCGUUAUGGUCUGUUUAAGAAACUUGCAGUAAGAUUUCAUCAGAUUCUUUGAUGUGGCUGAACUAAGCAGAGAGUAUUAUUAGGUCUAUUACAGAAAAUUAUCAGCAGCAUUGUUGGUUAUAACAGAAAAUGUAGAAACCUGUUACCUAUUUGAUCUACAAAUAGGUUUCUCUGUUAGCUUUGGCUCAUAAGAGAGAUGUCCUUUAAUCCUGCGUUCUCCAACCUGCGCUAGCUGGGGCUGAUGGGAACUAUAGUCCAAAACAUUUGGAAGGCACUGGGUGGGGGAAGGUUGCUUUAAUUGCUCUCAGCAUCUUAAAAAUGUUGCUGCUGGCAAUGUUUUGCACAUUGAAGGAAUCCGAAGUCUAUUAAUGCUUAAGCUUACAGUCAAUUAUUUCUUUUUUAAUCCUUUAUUGAUUUCGAGCAUUGGUCACUGCAAUAUAUUUUUGACUAGGAACAUGCCUUUGGCAACAAUACAUGUGAAAAGGAUAUAGUGGGUCUAACAAGCACAAUCCUCUACGUGUCUGCUGAGAAGAAAGUCUCACUGACUUCAAUGAGGCUAAUUCCCAGAUAGCUAGGUAUAGGAUUGCAGUCUUUGGCUGCAUUACACACCAGCCAUACUUUUAAAAUACAUGUCUUCCCCCAGAGAAUCCUGGAAAUUGUGGCCUAUUAAGAAUGAUGAGAGUUGUAUCUCUGCGAGGGGUAAACUACAGAUCUCAGGAUUCUUUGGUGUGCUUUAAAUAUAUGGGGUGUAAGCAGCCUUAUUUGAGCAGAAGCUGAACAUGAGCCAAAGGUGUGAUGUGGCUGCUAGGAAAUCCGGUGUAGUCUUAGGGCACCUCCGGACUAGCGUCUUUGGUGAGUGUAUUGUACACCAUGUAAUUGAUGCAACGGGAGUGCGUUAGUGGUGGAUGUACACUGGACCCUCCACACAUCAUUCCACUUUAUGAGUUUUUCUGUGAUGCUUCCCCAAUAUUAGCACAUUAUUUACAUCUGGAAAGGCACUCUUGCACUAUAGUGUAAUAAAAGUGGGAUACAAAAAAAGAGGAAAAUUUGUGGUAUAAAAAGUUACAGGAUAUCAGCAGGAAGCUAUGGGAUAUGAUGCACCGAUUGGAAAUGAAAGCAGUGUGCCCACCCAGAAACCUUUGCAGGCACAAACAGUAUUGAAAUCAGGUUUGCGUAUGAAUGCUCUGAUGCAAUCAUGAGCACCAGUCAUCAUGAAUGCACAAUUAAAGGGGGUCUGGAGGAGCCUUUAGGCCGCGAUCACAGAAGGAACAUACCUUAUACUAAAUCAGACCAUUGGUUCAUCCAGCUCAGUUCUGUCUAUACUUACUGGCAGCGCCUUUCCAGGGUUUCAGGCAAGAGUCUCUCCAAGCUGUACCUGGAGCUGCAGAGAAUUGGAACCUUCUGCACUCAAGGCAGAUGUUCUACCACUGAGCUACGGCAUAGGGACACACAGGGACGAAGGGAGCGGCAUUACACUAAGUCGGACCAUUGGUCCAUCUAGUUCAGUACUGUUUGCACUGACAGGCAGUAGCUCAGUGGUAGAGCAUAUGCUUUGUCUUCAGAAGGCUCCAGGUUCAAUCCCCAGAUGGCAUCUCCAGGUCAAACUGGGAGAGAUCCCCUUGUAUGAAACCCUGGAGAACCAGUCAGUGUAGCUCAGUGUUCUUCAACCUUGGGUCCCCAGAUGCUGUUAGACUGCAACUCCCAUCAUCCCCCAGCCGGCUUGGCGAAUGGCCAGGGAUGAUGGGAGCUGUAGUCCAACAACAUCUGUGGACCCAAGGUUGAACAGUAGCAUAGAUAAUAUGGGGCUAGAUGGGCCAAUGGUCUGACUCGGUAUAAAGGAGCUUCCCACAUUUCUUGUUCUCUGCUGCUCAAGAGGGCACGAUUGGAAUGGAUGGGUGGAAAUUUCAAGGAAGCAGAUUCCAGCUAAACAUUAGGAAAAAAAUUAUAUGAGUAACAGCUGAUUGACUGAUUGAACCGACUGCCUCGGUAGGUGGUGGGCAAUGGAGGUAUUUAAACAGAGGCUGGAUGACGACUUUUCAGGGAUGCUGUAGAUGCAUCCUGAUCCACCACAGUAGAUCACCACUGAGCAGAGGAUUGGACUAGAUCAGGGUCCCCAAUGUAGUGCCCAUGGGCACAAUGACUCCCUUGAAGUCAUCCCCUGGCAUCCAUAUAGCCUCUGAGUCCAGCCCACCCCCACUCACUGCCUCCCUUGGUCAUGAGGCAGUGAGGGCAGAAACCUUUUUCGCCCUUGAAAAUUCCAUAGAGCUGAAGGAGGAAGUUGGAAGAGAGAUACUCUUUUCCGCUUCCUCUUUCAGCUCUGUGUGCUUUUCAAGGCUCAGAUAAAUUCCAUGGGUUGUAUCCAACUAAGUUUUACUCAGAAUAGACCCACUGGAAUUAAUUGAUCUAGGUUAGUCAUGCCCAUUCAUGUCAGUGGGUCUACUGUGAGUAGGGCUGACUACAACCCUGUGUGACCUGAUUUGUACUCAAGAUUCUUUGGGACAGUGAUGUGCAUGUCCUGGGUGGAGGCUGAUUUCAGGGAGGGAGAAGAGAAGCAAUCAGUGGAGAUGAUGUCAGCACUGGCUAAAAAAAAUUGAAUGUGCCUACAGCCCCAAAAAAGUUGGUGACACCAAGGAUUAGAUACCUCCAAUGUCCCUUCAAUGCUAAUGUUCUGUUUUAAACAAUUUAGAACAUCUGAGUAAGUUUUCAGAUAUCAGGACCUUUGUCUGUAUUUCAUUUCUCUGUUUCUAUAUAAAUAAGCUUCUUUUUCUGUUCAGCAAAAAAAUAAUAUCCCACGUCACUGUUUUUGCAGGUAGAAAAUAAUUGUCGUGUUCUCAUCUAUUAUUUAAAUAAAAAGUUAGUGCAAAAUGCAUUUUUGGUGCAGGGAGC